CGUUCACUCUCUCUCUCAUUCACACUCUCUCAUUCACUCUCUCUCUCGCUCUCGUUCUCGCUCUCUCUCUUGUUCUCUCUCUCUCGUUCACUCUCUCUCAUUCACUCUCUCUCUCUCUCUGUUUGUUUCUUUCUUCCAGUAUUGUUCGGGAGUACCUGAGUGGCGCUCCGUUCUCGUCCUACCAGGAGACGAUGUACUUCUCUCGCUUUCUGCAGUGGAAGUGGCUGGAGAGGCAACCAGUAACCAAAAAUACCUUCAGGCAUUACAGAGUACUAGGAAAAGGUGGAUUUGGUGAGGUGUGUGCCUGUCAGGUCCGGGCCACUGGUAAGAUGUACGCCUGUAAAAAGCUGGAGAAGAAGAGAGUGAAGAAGAGAAAAGGUGAAGCCAUGGCACUAAACGAAAAACGCAUUUUAGAAAAAGUUAACAGUAGUUUUGUAGUGAAUCUAGCCUAUGCGUAUGAGACUAAGGAUGCUCUGUGUUUAGUACUGACCAUAAUGAAUGGAGGAGACCUGAAGUUCCACAUCUAUAAUAUGGGGAACUCUGGCUUUGAUGAGCAGAGGGCCGUCUUCUACGCUGCAGAGAUCUGUUCUGGGCUGGAAGACCUGCACCGUGAGAGGAUAGUCUACCGGGACUUAAAACCUGAAAACAUUCUUCUAGACGACCGCGGACACAUCCGUAUCUCUGACCUGGGACUAGCCGUCCAGAUUCCCGACUCGGAGACGAUACGAGGGAGAGUGGGCACCGUAGGAUACAUGGCCCCAGAGGUGAUCCAGAAUGAGUCCUACUCCUUCAGUCCUGACUGGUGGGGUCUGGGCUGUCUGGUGUUUGAGAUGAUCCAGGGUCAGUCGCCCUUCCGCCGGCGUAAAGAACGAGUGAAGAGAGAAGAGGUGGACAGACGAGUGCGAGAAGAUCCCGAGGAAUACUCUGACAAGUUCUCUGAGGAGGCCAAGGAUAUCUGCAGACAGCUGCUGGCCAAAGACCCCAAAGCCCGUCUGGGGUGCCAGGGGCUGGGCGGUGUGGAGGUGAAGGCUCAUAUCAUCUUCAAGAACAUCAACUUCAAACGCCUCGAGGCAGGCAUUCUGGAACCCCCUUCACCGCGGGCGGUGUAUUGUAAAGAUGUUCUGGAUAUAGAACAGUUCUCUACAGUGAAGGGAGUCAACCUGGACCCCACAGACGAUGACUUCUACCACAAGUUUGUUACAGGAAGUGUCUCCAUACCCUGGCAGAACGAGAUGAUUGAGAUGGAGUGUUUUAAGGAGAUCAACGUCUAUGAGACCGAGGGCCUGCUGUGUUCAGAUCUGGAUGUGAACAGACCCAACCCACCGCCAAAGAGAGGAUUCUUCUACAGGCUGUUCAGACGAGAGGUCUGUUUAAAGAGUGGCUACGAAGACGAAGAGCACGAGGAGCCUUCCCGACUUUAAACCACUCCUGCUCUCCCUCCUCCUCCUCCUGCUCUCCCUCCUCCUGCUCCUCCUCCUCCUCUCCCUCCUCCUGCUCCUCCUCCUCACCCUCCUCCUCCUCCUGCUCCUCCUCCUCCUGCUCCUCCUCCUCCUCUCCCUCCUCCUCCUCUCCCUCCUCUCCCUCCUCUCCCCCUCCUCCUCCUCCCCCUCUCCCUCUUCCUCCUCCUCCUCCUCUCCCUCCUUCCUUCUUCAAACGCAUCCAGAGCGUUAAAAUGUUAGGAACUCGAUGAAUGUUAAACCUGUAUUUAUGAUAUGUAUUAAAAAGUGUAAUUAUAAUAAUUAAAAGAAAAACAUAUGAGUUUAAAGAUUUUGUACAUUUGUACUUGAAUUGUGUCCUAGAUGUAUAUUUUCACCAAAAGGUGUAUUGUAUAAAAGCCAUAUUAAGUACCA